UUUCUUUUUUUUUGCCGCGGUGCAUGCUGGGAGGCUGGCUGCGGUUCGGAGGCCGCCGCUGCGCCGCGCUGCCUCUUGGGGGUUGUAGUUCUCUGUGACGCCUCAGUCCGCUGGCCGGGGCAGGCGCUCGCGGGGGUUGGAGUCCAUGGACGGCCGGGAAGACCCAGGAGCCGCCGCUGCCUCUGCUUCCUCCGCCGAGGUCGAAGCCGAAGCCGAAGCCGAGAAGAAUUCUAGCUCGUCGAGUCCCGAUUCUGAUGACGAAGCUGGGGCAUCUGGUCAGACUGAAAUGGAUUUCUUGCGAAACCUAUUGUCCCGGACCCUGGGCCUUGGCACCGAGAAGCCUGAAAAGGUGCUGGAAGACCUGACGUUGGAGGGUGUUAGCAAGUUCAUGCUGAGUGAGAAAUGCAAGAAAGUCAUAUGCAUGGUAGGAGCAGGCAUCUCAACAGCUGCAGGGAUCCCGGAUUUCCGUUCACCGGGUACGGGGCUCUACGCCAACUUGCAGCAAUAUAAGCUGCCGUACCCUGAAGCCAUCUUUGAGAUCAGUUACUUUAAGCAACACCCAGAGCCGUUCUUUGCCUUGGCCCGGGAGCUGUACCCAGGGCAGUUCAAGCCCACGCUCUGCCACUACUUCAUACGCCUCCUGAAGGAGAAAGGGCUACUGUUGCGUUGCUACACACAGAACAUUGACACCUUGGAACGGGUAGCUGGCCUGGACCAGGAAGACCUUGUGGAAGCUCACGGCACCUUCUAUACCUCCCACUGCACCAGCGCCUCCUGCAGGAAGACAUACAGCCUGGAAUGGAUGAAAGAAAAAAUCUUUUCGUCUCUCAUCCCCAAGUGUGAAAAAUGCGAGAGUGUGGUGAAGCCAGAUAUCGUGUUCUUUGGGGAGAACCUGCCUUCUCGUUUCUUCUCUUUAAUGCAAUCAGAUUUCCACAAUGUGGACUUGCUGAUCAUCAUGGGCACCUCCCUUCAGGUCCAGCCCUUUGCAUCCCUUGUCAGCAGGGUGCCCAAGAACACGCCACGGCUCCUGAUUAAUAAGGAGAAGACCGGAGAGAGCGACCCGUUCAUGUCCCUGAUGGGCUUCGGAUGUGGGAUGGACUUUGAUUCAGAAAAGGCAUAUAGGGAUGUUGCCUACCUCGGAGACUGUGACGAGGGCUGCCUGGCUUUGGCGGAGCUGCUGGGAUGGAAGAAAGAGCUGGAGGAGCUGGUGAAGAAGGAGCAUGCAGCAAUCGAGGCCAAGUCGGGGCAGGCCGUGGGGGAUGGAGCCGGUGCCUCAGCCAGGGAACAGAAGCCAAAGCCGUCCCCAAAGAAGGAAAGCCCUCCCGGACGCAAAGCAGAAUGAAGAGGCCAGACGGAGCUGGGGGACGCUGGGAUCGGGGUGAAUUAAAAGUCAAAAUCAAAGUGGCCCCUGGCUGAGCAGUCCUUACUGCUGGCGGACUUGUCUGACUUGAAUUCCCGCAGGGGCCUGCCUGCCUGCCUGGGAUUACCCAAAGGCAGCCAUUUGGGAGCGGAUGCCGUGAGGAAUCCAAGAGAGUGUGGUGGGUUUUGGAGAAGAGAAGAAACGUGGACCUGCCGAGGUUCUGCCCCCGUCUCCCCCCUUGCAAAGUUUUUCUCUCUGUUGGCUUUGAGAGUGCUCGGUUUGAAGCUCUGCAUUUCUGAAAUUAUGGGCAAGAAGUUGGAUUCUCAGAUUAGCAAUA